CCCAAAGUGCUGGGAUUACAGGCGUGAGCCACCGCGCCCGGCCACUCCCUUUAGUUUUCUAAGUGUCGGCGCCCGGAGCGACGUCCACCACGGAAGGUCUUUCCCGGAAACGAUUUUCCGUCCCGCCUCGCCGCCCGCCUACGCCACCACUGGCCCGCUGCUAGUCGGAAGCCGGCGCGCCGUACGUCCCCCGCCGGGCAACUCCCACCGCUGUGGCGUCACUGGGGGUUGUAGUUUCCCUGGGCUCAGCGGUGCCUGCGCUUUAGUGCAGAGACGCGGGUGAGAGCCUCACUUCCCACAGGCCUUCGGCACGGGGGCGGGGCCCCGACGGAGGCGGUGAUUGUGGCGGCUCUUUUGUAAAUGCUGCGGAGAUUCAGGCGUCGGUUCCUGCUACUGAGCGGCCCGGCCUUCACGGAGCGAUAUUGGAAAUCAGUCGCUCUUCUAGCCUUUGCAUUGUUUAAAUAUAGUGUCAUUGGACUAAGAUGUUCCUGAUGCCAACCUCUUCAGAGUUAAACAGUGGGCAGAACUUCCUAACCCAGUGGAUGACCAAUCCUUCUCGGGCCGGGGUCAUAUUAAAUCGUGGAUUUCCUGUUUUGGAAGCAGACAAAGAGAAGCAAGCAGCUGUGGACACUUCUACCAGCUUUCCUGUUAAAGGCACACAUUGUUCUGAUAGCUUCAGCUUUAUAAAUGAGGAAGAUUCACUUCAUGAAGAACAGAAGUUGGAGUCAAACAGCCCUUACAAACCACAGUCAGAUAAAUCUGAAACCCAUACAUUCUUUCCUCGCAUUACAAAGGGACCACAGAUAGUGGCCUGUCACGACGCUCCUGGACACCAGGAAGAGAACAAAAAUGACGUCAUCCCAGAUCUUGCAAGUGAAUUUAAAGAAGGGGCUUAUAAAGACCCACUGUUUAAAAAACUUGAACAGCUGAAAGAAGUACAACAGAAGAAGCAGGAACAAUUGAAGAGGCAACAGUUGGAGCAACUACAGAGACUCAUGGAAGAACAAGAGAAGCUGCUCACCAUGGUGUCUGGGCAGUGCACACUUCCAGGUUUGAGUGUACUGCCUGAUGAUCAGAGCCAGAAGCACAGAUCUCCAGGAAAUGCCACCACUGGAGAGAAAGCCACACGCUGCUUCCCAUCGUAUGUCUACCCAGACCCAACCCAGGAAGAAACGUGCGCUUCCAACAUUGUAUCCCAUGAGCAAAGCAACUUCUGUAGAACUGCUCAUGGUGAUUUUGUCUUAACUUCAAAACGUGCUUCUCCUAAUUUAUUUUCUGAGGCACAGUGUCAAGAAGCACCUGUGGAAAAAAGUAACUUAAAAGAAGAAAACCGUAACCAUCCUACAGGAGAAAGUAUUUUAUGUUGGGAGAAAAUGACAGAACAAAUUCAGGAAGCUAAUGUUAAGAACUUAAAAAAACAUGAUGAUUCCUCAGAAGUGGCUAAUAUUGAAGAAAGGCCCAUUAAAGCUGCUAUUAGAGAAAGGAAACAGACCUUUGAAGACUACUUAGAAGAACAAAUUCGGUUGGAAGAGCAAGAACUGAAGCAAAAACAGCUGAGGGAAGCAGAAGGACCACUGCCAAUCAAAGCAAAACCAAAAAAACCAUUUUUAAAACGAGGAGAAGGUUUAACCAGAUUUACUAAUGCUAAAUCUAAGUUUCAAAAAGGGAAAGAAAGUAAACUAGUGACUAACCAGAGCACUUCCGAGGACCAGCCACUGUUUAAAAUGGAUAGACAGCAACUCCAGCGGAAAACCGCUCUCAUAAAUAAAGAGCCGUGUGCAGACAGCCCUGCCCUGAAAAAGGAGAGUAAAGCUGGAACCAAGGGUGGUUCUGUCGCCCUCAGUCAGAAGCCGAAAGUGCUGAAGUGUAGUGACAGGAAAAGUCUUUCUCCAUCAGGACUGAAAAUACACACAGGGAAGAAAUGUGAUGGGCAAUGUAGAGACCAGAUCAAAUCUGAUAAAAGAGUCGCAUCUGAUAAUAAAGAAAAUGUGCCUGAGUGUCGAAAGCCUUGCGAUGCUGGCUGCACAGGGCGGAAUAAGAUGCCAGGUAAAGACGGACCUCCUCUUUCAGCGGGGCCGGCCAGCCGCCUGGCUUCCGAGAGCCCCAUGAGGGAGACUGUGAAAGAGUCUGAAUCUUCUCUUGAUGUUUCUCUUCAGAAAACGUUAGAGACUUGGGAACGAGAAAAGGAAAAGGAAAAUUUGGAAUUAGAUGAAUUUUUGUUUUUAGAACAAGCUGCUGAUGAAAUAUCAUUUUCUAGUAAUUCCUCAUUUGUACUGAAAAUCUUAGAAAGGGAUCAGCAGAUCUGCAAAGGUCACCGGAUGUCUUCCACCCCUGUCAAAGCUGCGCCACAGAAGACAAAUCCGGCAGAUCCCGUGCGUCAGUGUAACCGCGGUGAGGGUUUGGACCACACUGCACGUGAGAAGGACGGCGAGUGUGAAGUCACACCCAGACAACUCCGUUCACUGUCCUCAGCUGAUGAAUCGAGGGAACAGCGUUGUAAAAUCAGUAGGAAAGCCGUCCAAAAGAGCACUUCUGAAAAUCAAAUGGAAUGGAACGCAGGUGACGAUGAAGGUGUUCCGAACAGUGACAGUAGCACUGACUCUGAGGAACAGCUUGAUGUUACCAUAAAACCCUCCCCUGAGGAUAGAGAAAGGGGCUUCAGCAGCAGAGAGGACAGCCCCCACGUCUGUGAUGGUAAGGGGCCUUUUAAGGACACCGGGGCCCAAGAAGAUAAAAGGAGAGACGUCGAUCUGGAUUUGUCUGAUAAAGAUGACAGUAGCGAUGAGUCUGUCAUAGAAAGCGUAAAACACAAAGCAUCUGAGCCUGCAAGACCCUCAUCCCUAAGUAUGAGUAAAAUGGACUUUGAUGAUGAGAGAACUUGGACUGACCUUGAAGAGAACAUGUGUAAUCAUGACGAUAUUCUUGGGAAUGAAUCCACUUCUGGGACGCCGCAGACAUGCUACCCUAAUAAUGAAAUAGGUAUCCUGGACAAAACAAUAAAAAGGAAGAUUGCACCAGUCAAGAGGGGAGAAGACUUGAGCAAGUCCAGGAGGAGCAGAAGUCCUCCUCCUACGUCGGAGCUGAUGAUGAAAUUCUUUCCUGCUUUGAAACCAAAACCAAAGUCAGAUUCACACUUGGGAACCGAACCCAAGUUAAACAUAAGUCAAGACCAACCACCUGGUGACAAUGCUCGAUCCCAGGUUUUGAGAGAGAAAAUUAUUGAAUUGGAAACAGAAAUAGAAAAGUUUAAAGCCGAGAACGCAUCUUUAGCUAAACUUCGCAUUGAACGAGAAAGUGCCUUGGAAAAACUCAGGAAAGAAAUUGCAGACUUUGAACAACAGAAAGCAAAAGAAUUAGCUCGAAUAGAAGAGUUUAAAAAGGAGGAGAUGAGGAAGCUACAAAAGGAACGCAAAGUUUUUGAAAAGUAUUCUACAGCUGCAAGAACUUUUCCAGAUAAAAAGGAACGUGAAGAAAUACAGACUUUAAAACAGCAAAUAGCAGAUUUACGGGAAGAUUUGAAAAGAAAGGAAACCAAAUGGUCAAGUACACACGGCCGUCUCAGAAGCCAGAUUGAAAUGUUAGUCAGAGAGAACACAGACCUCAGGGAAGAAAUAAAAGUGAUGGAAAGAUUCCGACUAGAUGCCUGGAAAAGAGCAGAAGCUGUAGAGCGCAGCCUUGAGGUGGAGAAGAAGGACAAGCUCACGAACACAUCUGUUCGAUUUCAAAACAAUCAGAUUUCUUCAGGAACCCAGGUAGAAAAAUACAAGAAAAAUCAUCUUCCAAUGCAAGAUUCUUUUACCAUGUUGUGUUCAUAAAUUGAUAGACUGGUUGAGCAUCCCAAAUCCGAAACUUCCUGAAGGCAAGAGUGAUGCUCAAAGGAAACAUUCAUUGGAGCAUUCUGAAUGUGGAUUAGGGAUGCUCUACCAGUAAGUAUUUGCAAAUAUUUCAAAACUUGGAAAAAAAAAUGGAGAUCUGCAACACUGUUCGCAAGCAUUUUGGGUGAGGGACACUCACCCUGUGGUAUUGUUACAUAUUCUAUGUGUCGUCCUGCAAUUUUUCUCUCAAUACCGUAUGACUCACCCAUCUUCACACACAGAACCUCCAGUGGAUUGAUUUUAGUAGCUAUAGAGAUGGCGUUAGCAUUCCUGCUGAGGGGCAGGUAGGUUUCAUGCUAAUGAGGAGGGCUGCAGAGCCUGUCUUGAUCCUGUGGCUUCUCUAGGAUCCACGUGAAGAGGAAGAUGCCGGGCUGGGCCGUGUCAGCUGGAGGUUUUCCCUUUGCUCUGGUACCAUGGUCGUACCAGUUUUUUACUGUCAGCAGAGUUUGCUCUUCAUACUUGCAAACACUUGAUCUGGCCAGACUUUAAAAUUUUGGCCAGUUGAUGUAAAAUGAUGGUUCAUUCCGUGAGCUGGUAAGGCCCUGUGAGCAUUUCUUACAUUUAGUCAGCAUUCGAGGUUCCCCUUUUGUGAACUGCCUGUUCCUUUGUCCAUUUAAAAUUUUGGAUGUGUGUGUGUGUUUUCUCCUUAUAAAGUUAAUUAUUCUGCAUACUAAUCCUUUGUCAGUUACAAGGACUGCUAAUUUCUCCCAAUCUGGGUUCAGUUUUUCAGUUUGUGUUUUUUAAUGUUUUUCCUUGUAAUGUUGACUUUACCAGUCUUUUAAAACAGGUUUUGGUUUUCAUGACUUUAAUUCUUCUCAAUCCUCAGGCCGUAAGUACACCGUUUUCUUCUGUGCGUUUUUGCAUUCACAUCUGAGUUUUUAAUCUGGAAUUUUAAAAAAUUAUUUUCGUGAAAUAAAUUUAGAAAAGAUAUAUGCAACUUGACAAUUACAAAGCAUAUACUUGGAUUACCACCACCUGCUUAAAGACAGAGAUCAGUGGCAGCCCAGAACUGCCCUCCAUGGAGUCCAUGGCUUUUCUUUAUGGCAUACUCAUUUUCUCAUGCUCUGCUUCAUUGCGCCCUCAGAUACUGUGGUUUUUUUACAAACGGAAGAUUUGUAGCAACUCUGCACUGAGCAAGUCUGUUGGUGCCAUUUUCCAAUGGCAUGUGCUCACUUUGGUAGUAUACAUUAGCAGUCCCCAGCCUUUUUGGCAUCAGGGACCAAUUUCGUGGAAGAUAAUUUUUGCAGGGACUGGGGGAAGGGGGAUGGUUUUGGGAUGAUUUAGCACAUUAAAUUUAUUGUGCACUUUAAUUCUAAUAUUAUUACAUUGUAACAUAUAAUGAAAUAAUUAUAUGACUCACUAUAACGUAGAAUCAGGGGGAGCCCUGAGCCUGUUUUCCGCAAUUAGAUGGUCCCAUCUGGGGGUGAUGGGAGACAGUGACAGAUCAUCAGGCAUUAGAUUCUCACAAGGAGUGCGCAACCUGGAUCCCGGGCACAUGCAGUUCACAAUAGGGCUCUUGCUCCUGCGAGAAUCUAAUGCCGCUGCUGAUCUGACAGGAGGCGGCGCUCCGGUGGUGAUGCGAGUGAUGGGGCGCUGCUGUAAAUACAGGUGAAGCUUUGCUGGCUCGCCCACCCGCUGCUCGUCUCCUGCUGUGUGGCCCAGUUCCUACAGGCC